CGGGGGGAGGGGAGGUAGGAACGAGUAACAAAGGGACGCGUCCCCUUUAAACGCCUCAUCCCUCCACGUGGUGUAGGGCAAGGGCGGGGAUUCCGCUAUUCGUCACUUAGGGCUCCCGUGGUGGAAAGGAGCUGCGCGCGGAAUAGGACAAUGCCUAAGUCAAAGGAACUGGUGUCUACAAGCUCAUCUGCCAGCGAUUCAGAUAGUGAAGCAGACAAAAAGGCAAAGCGUAAAAAGCAAGCGGCUCCGGAAAAGCGUGUAAAGAAACAAAAGACUGGUGAAAGUUCAAAAGGUGUAGCUUCUUCUAAGCAAAGCAGUAACAGAGAUGAGAAUAUGUUUCAGAUUGGCAAAAUGAGGUAUGUCAGUGUUCGUGACUUUAAAGGGAAAGUCUUAAUUGAUAUUAGAGAAUAUUGGAUGGAUCAAGAAGGGGAAAUGAAGCCUGGCAGAAAAGGUAUUUCUUUAAAUCCAGAACAGUGGAACCAGCUGAAGGAACAGAUUUCUGAUAUUGAUGAUGCAGUAAGAAAAUUGUAAAUAGAGUCAUAGAGAAACCUUUUAUCAUUUUAGUUAUUUUAAGUGGUCUUUUUACAUUGGCUUCUUUUUUCUAAAAUAUUGUUUUCCAAGCUAUUGUAUAUUUGUAUUGCAAAAUUAUUUGUCAGAUAAAUACUUUUUUUUAUAUCCAUUAAAAGUGUAUUUUAAGUGAGAUUAUUUGUGUAUACUUUACUAAAAGGAAAUGUAUUGCUUUCACCUCAUGGUAUAAAAUAAAUCAAAUAAUAUGUAAAGCAUAGUUUAUAGCCUUUUGAUUGAAGGUGUUUGCUGCUAAGCCACCUAAUGGUGGCUGGUUUAGCUUCAGUUAACUUCUAAUAUGAAUUUGUAUUCUGAGGAGAUCUCUUAAAAUGUUUCCAUUCAUUUUUCUUUUUUAAUUUUUUUUAUUUCAUACUCUUUGGUAUUGUCCUGACAGCUUUCUGUUUUAAGAUUUGAUACAAACAGUGAAUACCUGGGAAAACACAUUUUUGUAGAUAAUUUUAAAUAUUUGCUAAUUUACCAUAUUUAUUGAGGUGUAAACAGUCCUGAGUAUAUGGACUUUCUUGCAAUACUUGCAUGAAGUGUUAUGCUAAACAGUAACACUUGAACACAAGUCACACAACUUCUUCCUGUUUUUCUAUAGCUUGCUUGAUUUAGAAAAUAUAAUUAUCCUUUAUUCUUGGACCCUAGGUUUUAGAAUGUGGUGCAUAAACAUGCCUCAGAGUAAGAUAAUAAUUAAAAGCUCCAAAUGUGGUUAUUAGUUAGGUACUUUUUUCAAGCUUUGCAUUAAAUUGAUUCUUGAACACAUACUGAAUUGUUACUCUGUAGAAAAAAACAGUUAACAAAAUCCCUACAAAGGUUAAUUUGAGAGGAUUGUGUAAACAAUGAUGCUUAAUCUAGUCCAUAACACAGGUUAAACAGUCAAACAGGUUUGAAAUUGCUUCGGUCAAAAUAUUCGGUUAUCAUGUUUCUACCCUGUCCACACUGCCUGCCCAAACAAUUUAACUUGGCUUGCCUUGUGUGGCUUACAUGCACACAAUCUUUUGCACAGAAGAUACUUGGCACUUAAAAGGGAGCACUGGUACAUAAUGGAUCAUGACUCUGGAAUUGGUUUGUCUAUCAGUGUUGUAUUCUGGUAAGAGAAGAUUGUGUUCAGUUGGAAGCUCUAUUAGACUAGGUGCUGCUCCAGUUGAGGGGCUUCUUGGUAGGUGUCACAAACUUUGGAAUGAAGAAGGGAGAAUAUGAUGUUUGAAUAGAACUUGAGAUAAGGGCCAUGCUGGUAUACAGGUUAAUGGUGAAAAGUCAGUAAGCUGAUGCAUAACUGCAGCAAAAAAAUGUAUGUUAGCAUAAUUGGAGAAGAGCUUAUUUUCUGACUUAAUUCAGUUAAUAUCAAAGGAAGAUGAAACUACUUCAUGAAAAUUGACAUUUCAGGUCUAUGUAGUGAAAGUACAACUUACUGGUUUGGCUGUAAUUUUUCCCAUUUGAUGUUAAAUAUAUUUUAAUUUUGUAUAUAUUAAACAAGAUUUACUGUUUAUUUUUUGAAUAUUGUAAUUGUUUAUAUUGCAGACAUACAUGGAAGUCCUGUUCUCCUAAGUGUCAUACACAAACUGUUCUUGUGCUGCAGAGUUUAUAAUUCAGUACAAAUGGAUAUUGAAGGGUGAGAAAGGGUGACUUCAUCAUAUUUAAAUAUUUAUUUAAAUUAAACAUCACAUACCUCCACCUGCUUUUUGUCCGUUGUUGACAUAUUUCAAAUAAAGCUAAGAUUUGAUUUUGUAUAGUUCAGGAAUCAGAGUUUUUAAGAACUACUUGAGGGUGAAUAAAAGGGUGAAGAGAUGUUUAGCUGCAUUUUGGGGUACAUUUAUUAUUUUUUAGCGACUCUUAAUGGGCAUGUAUUAGGGGCAUUUGAACCAAAUAGAAUAAAUAUUAAAAAUCUACUAAAAUUUCACAGAUGAGUGAAUAAAAUAAAUUGCUUCAGAUGACUUAGCAGAUUCUAGAUGUUUGGAGUUUUUUGUGGUACGUAUAUAUAAUUUUUUUUUCCCCCUUUAAAUUUUGUGACCACAUUUCACCUAUUUUACCUUGAAAGUUUCAUGUGGCCAUGUUAGUGUAUGACUAUCAUAAUAGAGGGAACAUUGUCCUUGUUUAGACUACUGUGGAAGUAGCUAAUUGGAUGGUGGUUGUGUAUGAAAGCACAAUAUAAUCGUGUUCAGGAAGGUGGAGAAUUCAUUUAAUUCAUUUUGGGGGAACAUGUAAAAAAGUUUGAAUAUAGUGAUUAGUUCUCUUGUGGAAACUGAUGGUAGAGAUGUUUAAAGUAUUUGUUAACCAAGAGCUCUUAGUUCCUCUUACAGGUAACACCCUUGCUGGUUUUGGGGCAGUUUGUUUUUACUUAGUUGUGUGUUUAAAAAUAGUUUUCCAUCUGCCAGCUAUAUUUCUGCCUUGAAUGAUGAUAAAAUAGCAUAUAUUUUACCUGAGCCAGUCUUGAUGCCUGCAUGACUCUCCUACAAAAAUGUAAUAAGCUAGUCAGUUUCACAAAUUAACUCAAAAUGUUGUGUUUAAUUGUGAGGGAAUUUGUUGUACCUUGGAUGACUGAUGUUCUGGUUACUUGAUAAAAAAUUGACAUAUUAAAUGUUAUUUUAAAAUAAAUGGUAGUGAUUUGUCAUGUUAUUGCUAUGGUUGUACUCUUCCUAAUUUGAGAAGAAAAUUUAAUUUUUAAUGAAGAUUAUUUUCUUGCAAACAAAAUGGUAGUUAGUGUAGAAGUGUCCAGGUAAGAAAAUUUUGAAUGCAUGAAAAGACUGUAAUGUGAGAUUAAAAACACUGUUCCCUUUCAUUGAAGUGGUAAAAGAAAGAUACAUUUGAUUCUUGAUAUUUAUGCUGUGCAUAUUAGCAAAAUGUUUAAUUUAUCAAACCUACUAUGGAGCUGAAGAGUAAAAAAUACACGAGAGCUGCCAAAGUACCAUAUGUGUGCAAAGUUAAACUGUCAUGUACAAUGAUGUUCAUAUUAAAGUUUAAUAAAUGUAGUACUAAGUUUGAUAUUUCUGUUACAGGAAGUGCACCAGUUAUGUACUUAUGUGAUCUGUUACAAAAAAAUUGAUGAUUGUAAUUCUGGUAAUUCACAUGUGGAACUAUGUGGAAUGUUUCAUGGUUUGUUCUGGUGGUCUCUAUUGCAAAGGCCCCUGGAAAUAUGUGCCCUCCAACUGUAAUUAUUUUAAUGUUCAAAUAAGAAGUAGUUGAAUGCACCAUGUGUAAUAAUUUGAACACUUGGAAAUAAACAGAUUUCUGUUGA